AUGGCAUCGGGUCCUGCGACUCAGUCGUUGAAGUGUGUCGUGACUGGUGACGGUGCAGUUGGAAAGACGUGUCUGCUUAUCUCCUAUACAACAAAUGCGUUCCCCGGGGAAUAUAUACCUACUGUUUUUGACAACUACACGGCCAGUGUGAUGGUCGAUGGUAAACCCAUAAGCUUAGGCCUGUGGGAUACUGCUGGACAGGAAGAUUAUGACCGCCUCCGACCGUUGUCAUAUCCCCAAACGGAUGUCUUCUUAAUUUGUUUCUCCAUUGUCAGCCCUCCCUCUUUUGACAACGUGAAAGCCAAGUGGUAUCCUGAGAUAGAGCAUCAUGCUCCCAAUGUCCCUAUCAUCCUUGUUGGCACUAAGCUUGACUUGAGGGAUGAUAGAGCCACCUUAGAGGCCCUCUGGGCAAGACGAAUGGAACCUGUCUCCUAUGAGCAAGCGCUCGCCGUCGCGAAGGAGAUCAGGGCACAUAAGUAUCUCGAAUGCUCGGCCCUUACACAACGCAAUCUGAAGAGCGUAUUCGAUGAGGCGAUCCGUGCUGUUCUCAACCCCCGACCGGCUGCGAAGGCCAAGAACAAGAAAUGCCUUAUUCUGUAA